GGCAGUGGCCGGAAUGCAGCCCCUGCGCAACGCAUGAGAUGUAUGAAUUCUAAUCCCACCUCUUGGGAACCUGGGGCAUCCCGAGCAGCCGCCGCAGCCAUGGAGGCGGGGUGGAGGUUUGCCCUUAGAGGCUGCGGGAGACAGAGCAAAGCCACUGCAGCUGGCCACUAGGAGCAAGGCAGCCCCUGUGCACGCUCCGCGGGCCGGCCCCCUUUGCCCCGGCCCCCCCUUGCCCCGGGAAGGAGGAUGCACCGCACGCCGUGGCUUUGAGAGAUUGGGCUGAUUUUAUGCAAGCAUCAGACCUGGGCUGCGUCUGGCGGGGCGGAUGCUGAGGCUGCGGCUCUCGCCCAGCUUUGGGCUGGCUCCCUUUGUGCAUUGAUUGACCACUGAGCAGCUCCCCACCCCACCCCCUCCAGAUCCCCUACCCUAGGGAGCCUGACAGUAGCAAGUCGAGCCCAGCGGGAGGAGGGGGUCGGGGGAAAGUUGCAGCUCAGCUGCUGGUGGUGGGGAGAUGCAGGCUGAGGCUGACCUGCAGGGGAGAGAGGUGGUUGCUGUGUCCAGGAGGGGCAGAGCCCCGUGGGCAGCUGCAGAAUCCAGGGCCAAGUGAAGAAGUGCAACGGACAGCACCAUGAAGCUGCGGCUGCACCAGGCCCUGGCGGUGCUGCUGGCCUGGGGGACCUUGUGCCUCUGCCUUGUUUCAUCAGAGGAGCCCACCGCUGAGGGUCUCACCUCAACCUCCUUGGUGGAGUUUACAAUGAUGUCCCAUCUGGAGCUACUGGAUUCCAGCGAGCAAAGCAACCCGGAGGCCACGGAGCCUGACCCCGUCCUCAGUGCCCUGCAUGCCUCCGCGGGAUCAGGCUUUGCUAGUGAGGAGAAUGAGGAGUCCAAGAUCCUACAGCCCCCCCAGUACUUCUGGGAAGAUGGGGGAGAUCUCAACGAUUCCAGCCUGGAUCUGGGACCAGCAACAGACUACAGUUUUCCAGUCACCUCUCAUAAGGCCCUGCCCAAGGGAAACAGGACGCAGGUUAAAGACAACUGGGAAACCGCCCCCCUUCAGCCGUCAUCGGAUUCCGUGGAGCCUGACCCACAUACACCUUUCUCCAGUGCUCUGGAGGAAGAGGAAGGGCUGCUCCCCAUAAACCAUUCUAAGGGAGGGCAACAGAGCAGCCAGACUCAAUGGCCAAAGGACAUAUCUUCAGAAGCAGCUGGCCAGGAGGACUCCUUGUUCUCCCUCCUGUUCUCCACAGCCUCCAGCAGACUGGGUGUUGUGACUGAGGCAGCUGUAGAAAGGCAAGAGGAAGACUCUGUUCCUGAGCACACUUCUUUGGGCUUUGACCUAGGGAGCAGCAUAGGGCCAAGUCUGCUGCCUGUGUCCUCCAUCCUGUCGGUCACCACUUCAGGAUCCCAAGGUGUCGCAGAGCAUGCCAUCCAGGUGACUUCAGAAAAUAUUGGGGCUACAGUGGGAGUAGGAGUGGAGCUAGCAGGGACCGUGGCAACAGCAGAGUCCACACAGACCCUGGUGGGAGCUGGAGUGGAGACCACAGAGCUCCCAGUGAGAGGGGAGCUCAUUGAGUCCACAGUACGAGAGGGUGGGGAGCAAAUGGGGCCCACAGUGCUAACUGGAAUGGAGCAAACAGAGGAAGCUCCUGAGGUAACAUCUCCUGGAGGCAGCCCCCAAGAUCCCAAGAUUGUUUCUGGUAGUGGUGAUGGCCCCGCAAAUGCCAGCUCCUCGGUGGCUUCCUUGGAUGGGUCUGACGAGCCAGCUGCAACUCCUGCUCAGAAUGGCACGAAGCUGGCUACUGAGACCAUGGCAGCAGAGCGGAGCUUUGUGCCGCAGACCGGGGACACCCACCUGGAUGUGCUGUCAACAGGACUGCCCUGGAACUCGGCACAGGUGAUCUGCAAGGACUGGAGUAACCUGGCAGGGAAAAACUACAUCAUUCUGAACAUGUCUGAUAACAUCGACUGCGAGGAGUUCCGGCUGGAGAAGGGUCCCCAGCUGCUGGCUCUGGUGGAGGAUGCCUUCUCCAGGCAGACAGAUGGACUGCAGGCCCAGUGGCUGAUCUCUCUGAGCAAACCCAAUGAGAAUGACAAGCACCUGCUAAUGACCUUGGCAGGGGAGCAGGGUGUCGUCCCUACAAAAGAUGUCCUGAUGGCACUGGGGUAUGUUCAGAGGAGCUUAGCCGAGAUUGGCAUCCAGAACUACUCAACCACCACAAGCUGCCAGUCACGGCCCAGCCAGACCCGCAGCGACUAUGGGAAACUCUUUGUGGUGCUGGUCAUCAUCGGUUCCAUCUGUGCCAUCAUCAUCAUCAUGGGGCUUAUCUACAAUUGCUGGCAGAGGCGCCUGCCCAAGAUGAAGAACAUGGAGCAAGAUCUGGCCCUGGCCUUGUGCCUCUACAGCAUCGGGAUCUUUUCUCAGUUUCUGUGUCCCAUCCUGCCUCCUCCUCCUCCCCCUUCCAGUCACACGGCGAGGAGCUGCGCUUUGUGGAGAACGGCUGCCAUGACAACCCCACCUUGGACGUGGCCAGUGACAGCCAGUCAGAGAUGCAGGAGAAGAAGACCAGUGUGAAUGGCGGAGGUGCCAUCAACGGCCCCGACGGCUGGGAUGUCCUGAUCACCAAGCGGGCGAGUGAGGACGCAGGUGUCUUUGAGGAAGAUACACAUCUUUAAAAAGAGAAACAGCUUAAAUAUAUGUCUAUCCUAUCUUGACUUAAGGACUGUGAGGUGAGGGGCAGCUUCUCAGGAACCUCUUAUAGGGCUUGGGACAGAGCGACUCUUUCUUGUCGUGGUCCUGAGGCUGCGUCCGAAUCCUGGAGCGAGAAGGGUCACUGUGAGUGGAGGGAGGCGGGUGGGGCACUGGGGUAUGUAUGUGUAUGUGUCUUUUGCUAUCAGUAGCGCCAAUGCUUUUUUCAUCACUUUUAAAUGCACUUACUUAGCUCUCCGGUUGCGGUUGAGAAUGGCUGGGUUUGAGAAAUAAAAUGAUGAGGCUAAGAUGGAUUCCAAGUGACUGGGGAGUCAACUCACACUGGGUGCCCAGCAGGGAGAUGGCAGGCCAGACCCUGACCUCACUGGCUCCUGGAGCUGGAAUCAGAAUCUGUCCCAGCAGGUGCAAUAGGAAAAUCUGUGUCUUGUUCUGGAUCUGGGAAGCAAAGAUUCAGUUGAUGUCCUGGGCAGAGAGUUUGCAUUCUGUGCAUGUAUGAAGGUCAGAUAUUCUCUAGUUCCCUUGCUUUAGCUUCUGAUGGGACGGGCUGUUGUGUUGUUCAGAUGAAAACAUUUUCCUGUGAGCUCUCACCUCUGCCUAAUACCCCCCCAAUCCCUUUUCGGUUCCACAAGCACCACGUUUAACCUGAAAAGUUUGAGCACUUUAACCUAGCCUGGUUUGGCUGGAUGAUUGCAGAGAAUUCAGUGCUGCAUUGCAGAGCCUCUGCUGGUACAUCAGUGUGGGGUGGGAAUUCACCUGAAAAGGACAAUUACCUGCCUCCUGGCAGCUUGGGAGGUCACAUCAGCAAAAGAUCCCUUGUCUAAAUCACAGAGUAGGAGGCCUUUUCUGCUCCUAUCCCAUUUUCCAUGGUUGUGGCCUCCAGCUGUGGUUGAUCUUGUGAGAUGAACAUACAGAGCAGCUAGGAUAUCUUAAUGAAAGAAAAUAAGAUCCAGAGACUGAAAACUUCCCCCUUCCAUUUGGGACCUUACCAGAUCUGUUUCAAGGGAGAAGAUUCUAGUCUCACUCACAUCGGUAUAAAGCAGGAGUAACUCCACUGAAGUUAUUGCAUUUAAACUAGUAUAAAAGUCAAUGUGAGGUCAGAAUCAAGCCUAAACGCCCAUACGAGUGCUUCUCAGGCAAGCCUUGGGCAAACCUUAAGGCCCCAGCUCCCUGAGGAUGUGAUAAAAUGAACUUGAAUAUUCAUAACUGUGCUCCCAGCUCUGCCUAAAUCAUGAUGCUCAAAAUUACAGCUCUUUAGUUUGAAAUGUUUUGUCCCUUUUUUUCUCCUCAUUGUUUCAUGGACCUGGGUCCAAAAUAAAUACAUAAGAAAUUCCCCUCUUCACCCUGUUUUGCAUAUCUCCAUUUUCAGGCUAGCUGGCUGCCUGCGGCAAGAUGCUAUUAAAGUUUGGUCUUUAAGGGAAUAACUGUACAAAAAGAUCCAAAUGUAUUUAAUGAGGAUUAGCAAUUAACUUGUAAUUCAAAUCUAUCUAUCUAUGUCUGUAGGAUGCUCAUCACUGAUAUCAGAGUGCUGAAAGUGAGGAUAUAAACGAUGUUGUUAAUACAGAUUCAUUUUUGCAUAGCAUCUUCCAUACAAACUGACUCCCAAAUCAACUGAAUUGAAUAAUGCAGGACUAUAAUCAGUUUAUGUUAUGGAAUUAAGAACCACUAUGUUUAAAAUGCUUUGAGGUUCUUCAGGAUGAAGAGAUGCUAUAUAAAAUGUAAGACAUUAUAUGGUGAAUAAAUAAAACAUUGAGUUAAGUUAUGUGUUUAUACUGCACCUAGCACAAUGGGGCUAACCUGCCUGUGGCCUUUAAGCAGCCCCACAGUAUAAUGUUAAUAAUAUAGCCACUAAUCCUCAUUAAAUAUGUUUAAUAUUCAGUAGCUACUAUAAAAAAUAAAAUCAUAUUAAAUCAAACAUGGAUUAGGACACCCACACAAAAUACAUUUUUCCUUUGUUGGUUUCCCUCACUUGUUACUUCAGUGCUGGGUUGCUUUGCCACUUUUGUUUCAUAUCCUCUCACCAUGUACAGAGACAGCAGAGGGCUGGUCAGCUAAUACUCAAGUCCAACGGUGACAUAAGUCACCAUUUGUUGAGAUGGCAGGGAGCCACCAAACUUUAAAUUAUUAAAGGUUUGUCAUCGAGGCUUAUUAAUUAGCAGCUCUAGCUGUGAAAGCUGCCAGCUACCAAGCUCUGGUGGCUUGCUACUCCAGUUCCUUAUGGUUAGAGUAGCACCAUGAUUGUAUCUCAGGAGGCAAAUUCUGAGGUUCAGGAGCUCUCCAAACGUCUAGAGUGGUCUUUGGAUGUCUGUCACAGUGGCCAGAUCACUUGCUUCGGAAGCGUCUCAGAGGAGGUGUGGCUUGGCUUUGUAAUCCCAGCUUGUCUCCAAAGGUCUUGUGGCUGAUAGCAUUUUACUAUUAAAACUGAGAAAUUUUUAAAAUUUACCUUCCCCACUUAAUUUACUAUUUGCAUUUGGCUGAUCUUGGGGGGGUGAAACUUCAUGCAUCAGUUACACUGCAUGGGCCUGAUCCUGUAAUCCUUCCAUGAGCAAAGAGCUCUUAUUGACAUCCAUGUGCAGGAUUUGGCCAUGUAUUCCUAGUCAGUUUUACUCUGGGUCUUGUGUUUGGGGUUUCUAAUGCUGCAAAGGGAGAUUUAAAGGAAGAAAAGAACCAUUUGUUUUUUUAAUUGAUUAUUUGUUUAAAUCAUGGAAACUUUUCUGUUCAUAUAAUUUUGUCACACUUUUAUUUUUACCGUAAACCCUCAGUGUUGGGCACCAAACUGGACAGAGGAUAAGCUGACAGUUGAAAAACUUACUUCACAUUCAGUAAGGUUUCUUUGUAGUCCUGUCUGCCACGUAUUAGGGUACACUGACACCUGGUGGCUUCUGGUAGUUAUAGGUUAAAUGAAUAAAAAGGACAGUUUUCUCUUAA